AUGAGUCAAUUCACAGCUUAUCUUACAAACUGCCCGCUUCCGCCAUACCUUAGAAUGUAUAUAUACAAAGCUUUUGGACUUAUAUAUGGAGUUAAGUUUGAUGAGAUAAAGAUAUAAGACAUAAAUAAAUUCAGAACUUUCAAUUAAUUUUUCACAAGAGAGUUAAAGGAUGGAGUGAGACCAAUAGAAAAUGAGUUUAAUCAUAAGACAUUGUGCUCUCCUUGUGAUGGAAAAGUAUUAUCAUUCGGGCAAAUAGAUACAAUGACAUCAACUAUGGACUGUAUUAAGGGUCAUACUUAUAGACUCGAUGAGUUCUUAUUCGGAGUAAAAUCUCCAGAAAGUGUUGAUCCCAAGAAUAAAACACCUUCUGUAGUUGAUUCCUUGAUUGAAGGUGCUAAAGCUAGAGGGAAUUAGAUUAUGUACUGCAUUAUCUAUCUUGCACCUGGUGAUUAUCAUAGAUAUCAUAGCCCAGCUAAUUUCAUUGCAAAUUACAGGAGACAUAUUGCUGGCUAUCUUGAACCAGUAAGACCUGACUACUUACAAUUUAGUAAAGAUGUGAUUAAAAAUAAUGAGAGGGUCAACAUCUUAGGAGAAUGGACUCAUGGUUUGUUUGCGCUUAGUUUUAUUGGAGCCCUAAAUGUAGGAUCAAUUAUUGUAAACUUUGAUGAUACUCUUAAGUCUAACAUAAGAUCACCUGAGAUUCCAUACUAUAUAGAUAGAAACUAUCAAACUUUGAUGUAAUCUAGUAACAUUAUGAAAUUUCCUGUCAGAAAUAAGUUAAUAACAUAAGAGGGUGACCAAAUUACUGAGAAAGUUUAAGAUGACGAUCUAUUCUCUAUUAGUAAAUAUCUGUAGGAGUUUGAUAUAAAGGAUGUAGUUGAUAUCUCCAAGAAAGAGACAACAUUUAAAUACGAAAUCAGUAAGGAGUAGCAAUUCAAGUAUAAUGUUAUGAAUGGAUUUAAAGAUGAGGAAUAACUUGGAAAAAUGGCAAAUAAUAUCAAUGAACAAGAAAAGCAAGAGCUAUUGAGUAAAUUGGAAAAUCCAGAUGUCGAAGAGUUAUCGAGAGUUUAGAGAUACACUAUCACUAAUGCUGGAGUUAUUUUGAAGAAAGGAGAGGAGAUUGGAAUGUUUGAAAUGGGUUCCACAGUUGGAAUGAUUUUUGAGUGUCCAAAAGAUUAUGUUUUAAAUCUUAAAGAAGGCUAAAAAGUUGUGCUGGGUCAAGAAAUCUUAUCCUAAUAAGUACCGCCUUAACUCUGA